UUCAUAGUUGACAGGUAUACACAUUGUUGAAUUUCAUAAUCGAAUCUACCUUCUAAAAGUUAUUAUGCGGGACGUACACACUUGCCACCUUCGUAAAAAUAGAUCCUCCGACUCUGGCUUCAUCAAGUUACGACCUAAUGCGACCAUUCUACAGAUCCUCCAAGUGAAAAUCAAGCUGUUGCUGAUGCUGGAUAUGACCAACUGGAACAGCCAAGAGUAUUUCCCCACUCAGUCCAUGAUGAGAUCCGAACUGAGAAGACACUUGAGUGGGCCUUGCUACAUUAUCCACCCCUUCAGCAAAUUCAACACUUUCUUCGAAUUCCUGACAUUCAUCAUAUGGCUCUUCAGAUAUGGGAUCUUCAUGGUAAGAUGGCAUCGAGUUUUCAUUAUCAUCAACCCAUUACUGCAAUUCAUUCAGGCGAUUUUCAUCUUGUACCAUUUUUUCCUUGGUUAUGUGGACUACAACAAGAGGGAAAUCGUCAUUGGACUAAGGCAGAUUGCCUGGUAUUAUAUCAGAACUUACUUCAUUAUUGAUAUGUUCGUUAUAUUUUGUGAUGCAACCACAGCAGACAAUGUCAAUAACGGCUACAAUAUCGCUAAAGUGAUUGCUUACGUUUUUGCCAUUAUCAUGAGAUUCCCACACAACCAUAAACGGCUUCGUGACAUCCUGCUGCAUUUCCAAGUGCAUAGAGCAAUCAUAUUCUUCGUAUGUCACAGUUUCGUGUUGACAUUUAUGCUGCAUUUCCUGACUAUGAUUUUCAUUUUGAUACCAACAUUUAUCCAUGGCAAUGAUCAACCUGUUGAUGGAUGGAUUUACAAUUGUGCCCACACAAAAUCAGUCAUUUACGAAACGUUCGGUAUCAUAUAUAGUCAUGGUUUCCUCAUCAUAACUUGUAAUUUCUUCGGAAUUGGUCAUCAAUACUAUCCCAGAAAGCCAGAGGAAAAUGUAUUUCUCACUUUCGUAUGCGUCUUCGGCAGACUGUACACUUUAGUGUUAUUAUCUAACGUCCUCGAAAUAUUCGGCUAUCCAGAUAUAUCUCAGUCCGAAUACGAAAAGCUCUUGAAUGAAUUGAGAGAAUACAGUAUUUCCAGGAAUCUACCGAAGAUACUGUAUGAGAAGCUCAAAAUGCUGUUCGAGUAUAAAUUACAAAAGAGUUAUUUCAAUGAGAAAGAGAUUUUAUCAACGCUGACAGAACAGCUGAAGGCUGAUGUCUUCCUGUAUGGCGCUAGAAAGUUGAUUGCAAGAGUCGAAACCUUCAAAACGUUGCCUAAUACUGCUCUUGCCGAACUCUUUUCGCAUAUGAACUCAAGAGUGUAUCUACCCAAUGAAGUGAUAAGGAACAGUGAUGAUGCCUUGGAAUCAGUUUACUUCGUUUCUUCUGGUUGCGUGGCAUUAUACUUGAACGGUGUCUGGGAGAUCAGCCACUUCAAUGAUGGAGACGAAUUCGGAAUGAUAAAGUUAUUCUAUAAUGUGAGAGAUGACGAGCAUCUGACUUACGUUGCCGUAGAGUCUACCGAAAUAUAUACGAUAAGAAAGAGGCAUUUAUUGGCGUACUUCACCAAAUAUCCUGAGGUUGAAAAAUUCUUCGGGGAACGAGCGAAGGAGAGAGCAGCGAUGAUAACGAAUAGAAAGAAGGUCUUGGGAAAAGUUGGUUUGGACUUGUUAUCUCAGAUGAAGGCUGGUACCAUUUUAGAAGAGCCAAGGCUGCGACCCUUCGAGUUGAAUUAGUGUAGGUUCAGGAAUUUCGAGGAUUAGUUCGAUUUAACCUCUAAAGUAUUCAAAAGUGUAUCAAGUUGUUCAUAUCAGUUUUGUAAAUAGUCUGUAAUCAUCAUUGAUUCUAAUGCGUUUUUGAGUUCUCAAUUGUUCAGAUUGUUAUAAUUU